AUGGUAUCGACUCGUCCACCACCAGCACCAGCACGCGGACGCAUACCGUACCCAUCAGCCGACACCUACGCACCCGGCGACGCAGGUGCACCACCAGUGACCACCAUCGUGACCCCCCCACCAACUGCGACUGUCGCAGACCCAGACCGCCGCGGAUCCGGCUCGAGCAGCGACGCCGCCAACGCGAACGCCGGCCCAUCUGGACUCCGUCGUCUCCGGAGCAUGCGCGAUCGUGCCCGCGGGCGCGAACCCCGUGACCCAAGCGACCAGCUCAACCCCCCCGCAACAGCAGCUGCCCGCCGUGGAAGCCUCCGUCGUGCUAGCGGACAGUCGGAAACCUCUCGUGAACGCGAGCUGUCAGAGCGCGAGCGGAACAUGCAGGGCCUCAAGACAUGGUGGAAGGCGUUCUCCACUGGCCAACGGCCGCCCGCACAGCAGUCGUUCCGCCCCGCCCCGCGCACAAUGACGACCCGCACUGUGUUUGGGGUCCCUCUGAACAAGAUGCUCAGCUACGCUUCUAUGCAGAUCUCGACAAGCGCACCGGACGGAUCGCUGUUUGUUUGGGGUGAAGUGCCCAUCGUGGUGGCAAAAUGCGGCGCAUACCUCAAGGACAAGACCGACAUUGAAGGCAUCUUCCGCGUGUCGGGCUCAGCUAAGCGCAUGCGGGACCUCCAAGCCAUCUUUGACGAAGGCCCCACCUUUGGCGCGGACAUCGAAUGGGACGCCACAAACUUCUCACCACACGACGUCGCCACCAUCUUCCGUCGGUACCUCACCCAGAUGCCCGAGCCGGUCAUCCCUGUGGCCUUCUACAACCACUUCCGUAAUGUCCAGACCUCGGUGGACUUGACAACCGAGAUGAUGAUCCGCGAGUACAAGCGCUUGAUCCGCAAGAUGCCAAAGGAGAACCAGUACCUCUUGCUCUACGUCCUCGACCUGCUGGGCAUCGUCGAGAAGGACUCGGACCGCAAUCUCAUGACUGCCCCUAAUCUGGCAGUGAUAUUCCAGCCAGGCAUUCUUUCUCACCCGGGUCAUGACAUGCGGCCCAAGGAGAGUGCGCUCUCCAAGGACGUUGUCGAGUUUCUCAUCAGCCACCAGCACCAGUUUGUUGUGGCCAUGUCCAUGUCCAUGUCGUCCGCACGCAGAGCGUCCAACUCCCACGAGGGGUCAGCUCCUCCCCUGCAAACAGAAACGUUGCUCGCCGUGCCCGAAACAGCCAGCCCCGUGUUGUCCUCGUCUCCGCCCUUGCCGUCCCCCACGGCCCUGGCCAUUCCCGAGGUCAUCCCGGAAGACGGCCAGCCAGACUUGCAGCCGACGCCGUCGCCAGGCGCGGACAGUGUAGACAACGCGGGUGCCAUCUCCCCACUGUCGCGGCCACAGCCUGUCCGAGCAGACACCGACUACAUGGUCCCUUCAGACUCGGACGACGACGCUCCCGCCGGAGGUUAUUACAUUGUGGAGAAGAGCGACCAACCCAUGAGCCCAAGGACGUCGGCUCUGACACCUUCCAAGACGGCAACCAUGGAGACGGCCGAUGCCAGCUUCUUUGUGCCUGCGCUCCUGGCCCCACCACGGCCGCCCCGCUCGGCCAAGCGUGGCCGUCCAUCACUCCCAAACCUGCCAUCCCAAGGCGCCGUGCCCGUCAUCGACGUCAUGGAUCCCUCCGAUUCGGACGAGGACGCACCGUCCGGUGGCUACGUCGCGUACGAGAACAAGCGCCCGGCAUCAGCCCGUCCAGCCUCGGCCUCACCGUCCCCGCUGCCGACCCCAAACAAUGGCCGUGGCGGUCUCAACCGAUCGCGUACAGUCCUGCAACCCGCCGACGCGCGCACAAACUCGCCCAAACCCCCUCCCGCCACGGGUCUCCUCCGCCGUCGCACCCUGCCCACCAAACGCGUAAGCGACUUUACCGCGCGCGUCCGACGUGCUGUCCGCGAGGCGUAA